AUAUAUAUCAAUAAAAUCCAAAACAAAACAAGAGUUUUCAAGAUCUAAAAAUACGUUGCCUUCCCCAAUCCAUCUCAUCCGGUGAAACAAUUAUUGCGGGAAGAAAAUGACGAGAAGAUCAAAAGACGACAUGGAGAAAACGAACGGAAAAUCUGAGCCGUUGCUGCUACCGGAGAAAGAAUCCAACGACGUUUCAGAAGAAGAAGCGUCGUGGAUGGUUUAUCUAAGCACUUUCAUUGCCGUUUGUGGUUCCUACGAGUUUGGAACAUGCGUGGGGUAUUCGGCUCCGACCCAGUUUGGGAUUAUGGAAGAGCUUAGUUUAUCAUAUUCCCAGUUUUCAGUUUUUGGAUCGAUAUUAAACGUGGGAGCAGUGAUUGGCGCCAUUACAUCGGGGAAGAUCUCCGAUUACAUUGGUCGGAAAGGGGCCAUGAGGUUGUCUUCAGUGAUCUCUGCCAUCGGCUGGCUUAUUAUUUACUUCGCCAAGGGUGACGUAUCAUUGGACUUUGGAAGAUUUCUCACGGGUUAUGGCUGUGGUACCCUUUCCUUUGUGGUACCGGUUUUUAUCGCCGAAAUUAGUCCGAGAAAAUUACGAGGAGCAUUAGCGACACUUAACCAGCUCUUUCUCGUAAUCGGAUUGGCUUCUAUGUUCCUCAUAGGCGCUGUCGUUAAUUGGAGAACUCUUGCACUAACCGGCGUUGCACCAUGCGUGAUAUUAUUCUGUGGGACUUGGUUCAUCCCUGAAUCGCCCAGAUGGCUGGAAAUGGUUGGCCGCCACCGCGAUUUUGAAAUUGCGUUGCAGAAACUGAGGGGUCCUCACGCUAAUAUCACAAGAGAAGCCGAGGAUAUCAAGGAGUACUUGGCGACUCUUGCUCACCUUCCGAAAGCCACACUAUGGGACCUUAUUGACAAAAAGAAUAUUCGAUUCGUGACUGUGGGAGUUGGUUUGAUGUUUUUCCAACAAUUCGUGGGAAUAAAUGGUGUUAUCUUUUACGCACAACAGAUAUUCGUAUCAGCAGGAGCAUCCCCAACUCUUGGAAGCAUUCUAUACUCGAUCGAACAAGUUGUUCUAACAGCACUCGGCGCAACAUUGCUAAUCGAUAGGCUUGGAAGACGGCCACUUCUUUUGGCUUCAGCUGUUGGGAUGCUGAUUGGAUGUUUGCUUAUCGGAACUUCAUUUCUUUUGAAGGCUCAUGGUUUAGCAGUUGAUAUCAUCCCGGCCCUUGCAGUAAGCGGAGUCUUGGUUUAUAUCGGUUCAUUCUCGAUUGGAAUGGGUGCAAUCCCAUGGGUUAUAAUGUCUGAGAUAUUUCCAAUAAAUAUCAAAGGAACAGCUGGAGGAUUAGUCACUGUGGUAAAUUGGCUAAGUUCAUGGCUUGUCUCCUUCACUUUCAACUUUCUCAUGCUUUGGAGCCCUCAUGGUGCAUUCUAUGUGUAUGGUGGUGUGUGUGUAUUGGCUAUCGUCUUCAUAGCGAAACUUGUUCCUGAAACCAAAGGCAGAACCUUGGAAGAGAUUCAAGCAAUGAUGAUGUAGUUCUACAAUAACUGUUUUUCUUAUAAUUUAUAAGUUAUAAAAUAUCUACACAUGCAGCAAAUGCAGGUUUCGUUAAUUUGGUUUAACAAGCUUUGAGUGAAAGACUUCGUGUUACAACUUA